AUGGCUGAGAAUCCCUACCCGCUAUACCCGACAGCCGUCGUCCUCCCGAUUCUCGCAUUCCCAUCAUGGAUUCUGGACAUCCCACCCGUGUUCUGGCACUUCUCCCAGGGCAACGUUGCCGCCGGAUCCUUCAUACUCUGGUUAAUCCUCGCCAACUUCUUCAACUCCAUCAAUCCGCUCAUCUGGCCCCGCGAUAAUGUACUGGACUGGCCAAAUGGCAGCGUCUACUGCGACAUCCACGCCCGCCUCCAAGUCGGCUUCUCAGUGGCCUUUGCAGCCUGCGCCGCCAUGAUCGCGCGAAAGCUCGCAAAGGUCAUGGACACGCGCAACAUUACUGUGACGUCGAGCAAGGCCAGCAGGAUUAGAGAGAAGGUUCUUGAGGUCGGAGUGUGCUGGGGUUAUCCGGCACUGAUGAUGAUCACCUACUACAUCGUUCAACCUGCCCGCUACUUCAUCUUUGGCAUCUCCGGAUGCGGUCCCAUCUACAAUGCGAGCUGGGUGACUCUCGUCAUCAGCUGGAUAUGGGCACCCAUCACAGCGUGUGCCGCUGCAUUCUUCGCAGGUCUCUUGAUCUAUCGUCUCUAUCGCUACCGACGGGAGUUCCACCACCUUAUCGCCGCUCGGAACACGACCAAGUCCCGCUUCAUGCGUCUCUUCCUUGUGUCGGUUAUCGUCAUCGUUAUCUACCUGCCAUACAACUUCUUCCUCAUAUACAAGUCGGCGAGUGAGAUCUAUGAGGUCUUUGACUGGAACGUCGUCCAUGGGCCGAAAUGGAACACCGCCAUCAAAGUCCCCGCGAAUGGCGUCGUGCGGUUUGAUAAAUGGGCCCAGGUCGCGUCUGGCUAUCUUGUGUUCAUCAUCUUCGGCACCGGCACGGAUGCGCAAAACACCUAUAAGCGCAUGCUGUGUAUUCUCGGCCUCGGAAAGAUCUUUCCCAGUCUAUACGUUAUGCGCGAGAGCGGCAUCUCGACCCCUUCCAGCGUCACUUUCGCCAAGGGCUGGGCUACCACUUUCUCCAGCAAGGCAAAGAGCCUCUUCUCCAAGAACGGGUCUGUCACCGAGACCCUGCCCAGCUCUACACGCAACAGCUCAGUGCUUCUACAUACACCUACCACUGCCGACUCUAUCGGACUCCAUCCUGUGUCAACUACGGAUCCGAUCCUCCAGCAACACAACACCACCACGCCUACCAACAACGGCUCUUUCUUCACCCGUAUCUUCGGUCGUCGCACUCGCCAGCCACUAGCCCUGCCCGUCUUCGGCAAAGGGUCCGUGGACGAGGAGAAGUCGCCCGCAGAUUCCGUUGCACCAGGUGUCCACGCUCGUGCGUGGGCAUCUGACGUGGUCGUUGGAGAAGCCAGUGGCAGCAACAGCGUACACAUCUUCCGCGAAGUCCACCAGGAUCGUCAUGACAGCAAGGGCAAAGACAAGCAGAGGGAGUCGGAUGCUUGGGCGACGAUCGACAUAUGUGGGAAUGAGCAGUUCUACCUUGGGAGACAUCCGGAUCUCUGCCGCUACCACUGGUCAGACCCUACCAUUUCAAACAGACAUCUUCGGAUCCACUGCAUUCUAUACGAAAAGGAAUCAAUCGCCAACAUCCCCCCAUUUGUGUAUGCGACCGACCUGUCGAGUAACGGUACGUACUUGAAGAAGAAUAACACCGAAUGCUCAAGCUCUCAAAGCGAACGUGGUGUUUUAAUGGGCCGCAAGAAUGGCUCCUUCCUUCUUGAUGACGGGGAUGAGUUGCGGCUAUCUGAGUCAGUCACACUGACCUAUCAUGAGAUGGAGUCGGCCAAAGAACACCAGUUGACUCCUACCCAACUACAUGAAAAAGCGCUGUUUGCCUCUCGGUAUCUCAUCACUGGCCGGCUGCUCGGGCUGGGUGGGUAUGGAAAAGUCCUCGUUGGAAUUCAUCAGAAGACUCAGCGACAGCUCGCGUGCAAAGUCGUCAACCUUCGUCUGCUCUACAAGAAACUCCCACCUCCCAAUCUGCGAUUGCCAACGAACGAUCGUGGCCAUGCCAACAUAACAGCAGAAGCACGGCAUAGGUGGCCAAGUCAAGUCACACGGUGCUUUCGGGAGUUCGACAUCCUCAAGGAGCUGAAUCAUCCAAACAUUGUCAGCAUCGAGAAAGUGUUCUGGAGCUCGAACACCAUCUACCUUUUUGAGGAACUCGUCACAGGCGGAGACCUCUUCUCAUAUAUCGAGUACAAGGGUAAUCGUCUCGAAGACGUGGAAGCAGCCGUAAUCGUGAGGCAGAUCCUGAAAGGGGUUGAGUAUCUGCAUGACCAUGAUAUCGUUCACCGCGACCUCAAGCCGGACAAUAUCUUAUUAACUUCGCUGGAGGACGGAGCCCGAAUCGUCAUUACGGACUUCGGAAAUGCCCGGUUCCUACCGAAAGACCGCAAUACAGCUGUCCUCCGAGAUGUUCCGAAGAAACGCAUGUUCUCAGUCGUGGGGACUCUGGAGUAUGUUGCCCCUGAAAUACACAAACUGAACAGAGCUAUUCCGAGCGGGCAAGGAUACUCUAAAGCUGUGGACAUGUGGUCAAUCGGUUCGAUAACAGCGACGCUCCUCGCAGGAGACGUGAUCUUUACCAACCGCGAGGAUCCUCAAUACGAUAAAGACCCCGCAGGAGUCAUCUUGGGGCUCUCCUCCAAAUGUGACAUCAGCAUUAUCGACGACAAAGGCGAUACUGUCUGGGGUACCGUAGGUAACAGACCGAAGGACUUCAUCAAGAAGCUUCUCGUCCUUGAAGAGGAAGAUCGUAUGACCGCCACGGAGGCUUUGUCUCAUCCGUGGUUUUCGAACGAAUGCCAUGCCGCUGAGUUCGAGGCACUUUACGAGCGGUCCAUCGCAGACUGGCAGCCUCGCCGCAGGAUCUUCCGUCUGAUUGAACCUAUCCGCGAGCGCUCUACCGACACUAUCAGCGGCCUUUCAGAAAGAUCAUCUAUACAUGAACCAGUGUCCCAUCACUUU